GAUUUAUUGUCAUUACCUUCAUUAUCAAACCCAGAUCUUUUAUUGGAAUUUUUCUUCAACUUUGGUCGGUUCAAGAAUUUUUGGAUUUUUUCAAGGAAUUCAAUCUCGUUGCCUUUGAUCCCUUGCGUGUUUUUUUGUUAACUUUUAGUUCAAUGAAAGUGAUGCUUGUUAAUCCCUAAGGGGAGCAUCGGUUACACAGAGAUAACUAAGAUCAUCGUGUUCGCCGCCUUGAGAGAAGCGAAGCAGAGGGUCAGUGCACUUUUGAUUCUCCGGGGGUUUUGAAUCAAUCAUACAAACCCCUGGUCCAAGGGAUAGCCGUUUAACAGUUUCAUUUCUGUUAUUCUCAUUUCCUGAUACUAGAACUGCAUUCACGUCCAUGGCGGAACCAAAGAAGAUAAUCAUAGACACUGACCCAGGCAUCGAUGAUGCCAUGGCAAUAUUUCUGGCAUUAAGGUCACCAGAAAUCAAGGUGAUUGGGCUUACAACUAUUUAUGGAAAUGUUUACACCACUCUUGCCACUAGAAAUGCAUUGCAUUUGUUGGAGUUUGCUGGGAGAACAGACAUUCCUGUUGCAGAAGGAUCUCAUGUCAGUUAUAUGAAAGCGACAAAGCUUCGGGUUGCGGACUUUGUCCAUGGAGUGGAUGGACUUGGAAACCAGAACUUCCCUCAGCCAAAGUCGAAACCAAUAGAAAAAUCAGCUGCAGAAUAUUUGAUCAAGCAGGCUAAUCUUUAUCCUGGAGAAGUCACUGUGGUGGCAUUAGGUCCCCUUACAAACAUUGCCUUGGCCAUUCAACUGGACCCUGCAUUCGCCAAAAACAUUGGACAAAUUGUUCUUCUUGGUGGUGCUUUUGCUGUAAACGGGAAUGUGAAUCCAGCUGCUGAGGCUAAUAUUUUUGGUGAUCCAGAAGCUGCUGAUAUUGUGUUCACUAGCGGAGCUGAUGUUUUGGCUGUUGGGAUCAAUGUUACUCAUCAAGUUAUUAUGAAAGAUGAUGAGCGUGACAAAUUGGCACAGUCGGAUGGAAUGUUUGCCAAGUAUUUGUGCAAAAUCCUCGAUUAUUACUUUUCUUAUCAUCGUGAUGCAUACAGCAUGAAAGGUGUUUACCUUCACGAUCCGACAGCGCUUGUUGCAGCCAUCAAUCCUUCGCUGAUGACAUACACGGAAGGUGUUGUCAGAGUUCAGACAACUGGCAUCACAAGGGGACUAACAUUGUUUUUCAACAAACAGAAAAGGUUUGAGGAAGCGACUGAAUGGUGUAACAAACCGACGGUGAAGGUGGCAGUUACCGUUGACGCUCAUGCGGUGAUCAAAUUGGUUAUGGAACGCCUCAUGAAUUCAUAGCCUUCUCAUUGACUUUCUGGGUUGUAGAUAGAUGAAAUGUGGAUCAUCAUAUUACUACACAUCUAUUUCAAACCGUAUAGAUAAGGGUAUUUGUGUCUUUUUAACAAAGUUGGUUUUUAGGAAUAAUCAUCUUCCUUAUGUAUUUCAUAAAAUAUCAUAUUUAACAUAUUUAUUUUAGGAAUAA